AAAUGAAACAGAGCCGUAUAAUUUUACAUAUAAGUUUUGGACAUAAUCAGUAUGUUGUUACACUCGGCUGCUUCUUCUUACCUAGUGUAAGACGCAGAAGAUAAAACUAUGGCUGCGAUUAAAAGUAUCUGCUUGAUGCUGGUCCAUGUGUUGUUAUUAUCAGCCAUGGUGACUUUUGAAGAUGCUAAAUCAAAAGUUUUUAGUUUUGUGUUCAUACAAUGUUAAUGUUAAUCAUAUUUUUAAUUCAACCAAAUUAUAUUGCGUUUCAAACCUGAAUGAUUUGUCCUUUGAUAUUGUCAACAAAAAGUUAUAUAUAUCCUUGAUUUUGUGUGUAGUAGAUGGUGUAUUUAAACUCUUUCCGUGUGGAAUUAUAUAAAACUCAGUGACGACUAUAUUAGUCUACAAAUACAUUUUGGCAUUAAUUAAAAAAGUUUUUGACCAAAAGUCGAGAAAAGUUGACUUUGGAAACCCUACUUCCAAAGUAAACGACGUCGUCGAGGGUUUCUCAUUGGUUUGGGAUGCAAGUAUGUUGUUCUCUCGCCUCCAGUUUUUUACGCAUGAUUAGGAAUCCGAAAAACAAAAGGAAGAGGAAAAUAAAAACUCUAAAUCCUGAUAGGAUAAAUUCUAAAUUCUUUUUAUAAACUAAAUAUAUCACGUUUUGAUAUUUUUCUUCUGGUAGGAACGAACGAGUAACGUAGUGUGACGAGAAGAUGGACACUUCUGAAAAAAUUCUCAUAGUUUUCUUCAUCAUCUCGUUGAUCGUCAUCUGUUGUUGUAGCUGUUGCAGUGAUGUAACUUCCACUCAAACGGGAUUACCUCCUCCCGAGACAAUCCACCAAAAUCCACAGCCUGAACAAGAUAUUGAAACCGGACACAGGAAAGCCCUAGUGUACAAAGAUAUCAAAGAAGAGGAAGGAGGAGGAGGAGAAGAAGAAGGGGGUGGUAAACGUUUUUGUCCGAUUUGUUUGGAAGAGUACGAGGAUGAUCAUCAGAUGAGGCGAUUAAAAAAGUGUGGACAUGUGUUUCACCUUUUGUGUAUUGAUUCUUGGCUUACACGGGAGCGAAGUUGUCCAUGUUGUCGCCGUUCUGUUGAUUUGAUGAGUUUAGGUCUUUAGAUUUCUAGGUUU